CCAGGCACAGAGAACCAAACUGUUAUAUCAAAUCUAAUCCCUACAAUGGAAGAAGCCAAAAGCCAAAGUUUGGAGGAAGACUUUGAAGGACAGGCCACACAUACGGGACCCAAAGGAGUAAUAAAUGAUUGGAGAAAGUUUAAAUUAGAGAGUGAAGAUAGUGACUCGGUCCCAUCGAGUAAGAAGGAGAUUCUCAGACAAAUGUCUUCUCCUCAGAGUAGAGAUGACAAAGACUCAAAAGAAAAAAUCAGCAGAAAGAUGAGCAUUCAAGAAUAUGAACUGAUCCACAAAGACAAAGAGGAUGAAAAUUGCCUUCGUAAAUACCGUAGACAGUGUAUGCAGGAUAUGCACCAGAAGCUGAGUUUUGGGCCUAGAUAUGGGUUUGUGUAUGAGCUGGAAACUGGGGAGCAAUUCCUGGAAACCAUUGAAAAGGAGCAGAAAAUCACCACAAUCGUUGUUCACAUUUAUGAAGAUGGCAUUAAGGGCUGCGAUGUUCUAAACAGUAGCUUAACAUGCCUUGCAGCCGAAUACCCUAUGGUCAAGUUUUGCAAAAUAAAAGCUUCUAAUACAGGUGCUGGGGACCGCUUUUCCUCAGAUGUCCUCCCUACACUGCUUGUCUAUAAAGGUGGGGAACUGAUAAGCAAUUUCAUUAGCGUUGCUGAACAGUUUGCUGAAGAGUUUUUUGCUGGGGACGUGGAGUCCUUUCUAAAUGAGUAUGGGUUACUACCUGAAAGAGAGAUGCAUGCCCUAGAGCAGACCGACAUGGAAGAAGAUAUUGAAUAAAGAUUCACUAUGUCAGUAUCUCAUAAUUCUUUAAACAUUGAACGCUGAUUUGGUAGUAUCCAUAUUCCUUUAGAGACACCAAGUAAGAAUGUGGCUAUUCCAAUUUGGGGAAAAAAAAAAAAACAGAUUGACACUAAAGUUAUAUGAUUAGCAUUUCUUAGUAUUAGUUACUCAAAUUGAUAUAAUGCUUUACUAUCACACAUUGUAGUCUUCAUUAACUGUUAGUGGACAAAGGGGAUAUGGAUGAUAUUGUGACAGUUUUGAAAAAUCCCUUUCAAGUUAUGUAUUGGCUUUUUUACUGGUUUUUUUUCUGCAGUGUUUUUUGGGGGGGUUUCAAAAUACAUUAUUAAUUAUAAUUUUGCCUAUGUAAUAAGAAUAAAGUCUCAUGAGGAAAUAAAUUUUCUAUUCGAAGUC